CUCCUGGCUGGAUCUGCCAGCAGAACAGUCGCAGGGAAAACAUUCGGUCAGGAGCAGAGCAGAUGAAGCUGCUGCAGGAAGAACAACUCAGAUAUAGAUUAUAGAUUAUUGAUUAUUAAUUAUCAGUUCAGAGCUGCAGAAUCUGGACGGCAGAUCCUCAGGAAGCAGGUUUGAUUAGAUGCUGAAGACAAACUGAGCAGAAAUCAUCCAGCAGAACACAACAUGGCAGCUGCUUCAGCGGCUCAGGACCUGGACGAGCGGUGCUUCCUGUCGGCCCAGUCGAUGCCCAGCCUGAAGGUCUCCCAACACUUCCAGGUGCUGAAGCUGCUGGGCGAGGGCUCCUAUGGGAAGGUGAUGCUGGCGGUCCACAGGAAGCGAGGAACUCCGAUGGCUCUGAAGUUCUUCCCUCGCCAGUCGACCUCUCUGACCUCCUUCCUCCGUGAAUACAACCUCUCUCUGUCCUUCUGCACUCAUCCUUCUCUAACCCGAGCUCUCGGCAUCUUCUUCUCCACGCCGACCUACUACGUGUUCGCUCAGCAGGCCGGACUGUACGGAGACCUGUACAGCGUCGUCGUGUCCGAGGUGGGGCUGGAUGAGGACCGGGUCCAGAGGGUGAUGUCUCAGCUCAGCGGUGCCGUCUCUCACCUCCACUCUCUGGGCUUCGUCCACCGGGACAUCAAACCGGAGAACGUCUUCCUGUGCGACGCCUCCUGCCGCUGGGUGAAGCUGGGAGACUUCGGCCUGGCCCGGGCCGUCGGGACCACGGUCCGGGCCGUCUGGUACGAGUCGCCCUUCUGCACCCCGGAGGUGGAGCCGGCCAAGGACGAGGAGGCGGAGGACAUCUGGAUCACGGUGGAGACCAGCAUGGACAGCUGGGCCCUCGGGGUUCUGGUCUACUGCCUGUUGACCGGAUGCUUCCCCUGGGAGGAGAGCACCAGCAGUGACUCGAUGUACCGGAGAUACAGGGACUGGUUCUACCGGGAGCAGGACGUAGAGGAGGACCAGCAGCAGGAGGACGGACUCACCAUCAUGGAGAGGAACCAGAGGAACAACCCUCCUCCAUCCCAGUUCGAAGGCCUCAGCCCUCUGGUCCUCACCCUGCUGAAGGAGCUCCUCCACCCAGAACCCAAACUCAGAGGGAGUCCUGAGGAGGUCCUGAGCUACCUGGGAGGUCCAUGGCUGAUGGAGACGGAGCUGGAGGAGAGGAGGAGGGCCGAGGAGGCCGAGAAGGAGGCCCAGAAGAUGAGGGAGAGAGGAGGAGUGGAGGAGGAGCUGCUGAGGGAGGGCCGAGGAGAGAGAUGAUCUGGAUCAGAGAGAAGUUUCUGUGAACGGAGACUUUAGAACCAUGGAUUCAAGGUGCUGAACUCUUAUAUUUCCAAUAUUUCCAUCGUUGUAUAUAUUUCUGUGUGAGCGUGUUUUAAAAUAUAAAUAAUAAAAGAGAAGAGUGAUCAACCAGCUGUAUUAUAAUGACGAUAUAAAUCUGAAUAAAAUGUUGUGUUUACUUUAA